UGUCGGAACUCUUCGUUUUGUGCAAUAAACUCGAAACGUACGGAUAUGCCCGAGACAAACCGAUUGUUUGUUUGGGUUUUGGUCUCAGGUGAAACGGAAAUGAGAUAAAUACCACGUUCUGGCUCCCAGCAGGGGGAUCGGUCCUUGACAACAUCUACUCCAAAUGGGCCCCAUCAAGAAGCUGCUACUUUAAUUAGAAAGCUUAGAAAUGCAAGAAAUGGAACACAGGACACAAAAUGCGGCGAUGCAGAAGGAAAUUUCAGUCGCCGAACACUAAGCAGCAAGUUACCGGAGCUGCCGCACAUGUGCCCACUUUAUGCUCAACAAAGAACAUGUGGCGAUGAUAAGUGUUGGGGUGCAGCUAUUCGAAACGUUCAAUCUGCUGGAUUUAUGGAGACUGUCCCAACUACAGGAUACGGCGGACGGACAUACAGAUCGGUGCGUGUGACAAGCUGGUGGUGGAGUCGGCUGGCCUGAGCGAUGUGUGCCUAGCAUGCAUACGUCAUGGCAAACCAAAGAUCUUUAAAGGGUGUGCCCAAUGAGGACUUUCAGAAAUGGCUGGAUGGUGUAUCAAAGAAGUUUCUGCUUCUCUCCAAUGACCAAAGAAAUGACACACUGGACAAACUGAUAUCAUGCAGUGGACCUCACCAGCUGAAUCACCUGUCAACCCGGUUACCUCAGCUUCUGUACCGGGAUUACAUCGGUCUUCUACCUCAGGAGGUGGCGUACCACAUCCUGCAGUAUCUGCCAGGACACACCCUUUUGGACUGCUGCACCGUCAGCCAGUCCUGGAACGCCAUCCUCCAGGGGGCAGCACGUGUGUGGUGGAUGAAGGCGAUACAGCGAGGUGCUGGCGAUGUGGUUUACUACGGUGGAGCAGCCAGGAAGUACAUGAUGCUGUAUCAACAGGUGGAGAAGCUCCUUGACAACUUUGGCCGGGGGAGCUGCUUUGUAGAUCAGUCACUGGAAGGGCACACCAACAGAGUGAUGGCUGUUUGCUAUAGAGAUGGCAAAGUUGCUACAGGGUCAGAUGACCAAUCUGUGCGAGUGUGGGAUGCUCAUACAGGCCGAUUGCUGCACAAAAUGCAUACCCACACAGUCUCCGACCUUAAACUUACCCCCAAACACGUUUAUACUGCUUCCUUUGAUGGCACUGUGGCAUGCUGGGAACUGUCAACUGGUGAAUCAUGUUACUGGUUAGUUGGCCAUACAUCAGCCGUGUUCAGCAUUGAUGUUCAUGACUCGGGUUUAGUGAUCAGCGGAUCCUCGGACAAGACGGUGAAAAUCUGGCACCGCCAACAUGAAGAACCGUACCUCCUGACCUCCUUAGAAGAUUGUCACACUGAAUGGGUCACGAAAGUCCAGUUCUUGAGUGUAGUAGAGUCAUCAAAUGAUUUACUGUUUGCCAGCAUUGAUAAGAAUAUCUGCCAUGUUUGGUGCAGUGAUGCUACAGGGCAUUGUGAGAAGCUGUUUUCUACAAAGAAACUUAUGGGUUUACAGAUAACGUCCUUCUCCCACAGCAAGCCAGGCCGGUUCCACCUGUGUACAUGGAAGGAGAGGGAACUAUGUAACGAGAUAUCGACAUAUACAUUCACCAGAGACAGCCUCACCCUGGUGUCAACCGUGCCCCUGGGUGGGGACACGCCCCUCCGGUGUCAGCUGCUUGGGGCGGGGGACAAGUUUGCGGCCCUCACCAGUUCCAGUGAGAUUGACCAGCUGUUCCUGUUCAGCUUCAGUCAGUGUUGCUGUGUGGCAAGAGUCAACAUUCCUCUCUGUCGGUUUACCCGUAAUGGCGCCACCCUAACCCUUGGUGAGCGAUCUUGGCUCGAUGGGUUCAACGGGACUCCACCAGAGGGCACUGUCAUGGCAGCCUGUCUACAGAACUCUAGUCACGUGAUGCUGCUCAACUGGAAACUCUGACCACAGUCAAACAUACAUCAGCCCAUCGCUCAUGUGGUGAACAGUGUCUGAAACAACUCAUAUGUGAAACUGGUCAGGGUGUGUUGUAGCUCUUCAAAAGUACUCUCCUGCAGGAAAUAUCUCUUAUGCUAGCAUAAAAAUAAUCUGUUCCAGAAAACGAAGAAAAUUAACUAGCCAUGGAUAUGCUGGAUGCUCUGUUUGUUUAUUUGUUUGUUUGUUGUUAAAGCCGCACUCAGCAAUAUUCUGGGCUGAGACUAUCCAGUGGUUGAAAUCAUGAGCAUCAAUCUACGCAAAUGGGAUACGAUGACAUGCAUCAACCAAGUCACCAAACAGACCACCUGAAAAAUAACAGGUUGUUAGUCCUCCUUUCAAUAAGUGUAUGUUUGGAUCCUUUGACUGAAAAACUGUUCAAACAAAACUUCCAGCCACCCCCCCACCCCCUUUAGAAUAUAAAAUGGCCUGUCCCACUGGCGGAUCCAGAUGGGGAAUGCAGUGGGUUUGCUGGACUGUGCACUCCCCUUGUUAUUAACAGUCAACCUGUGUCAGUCCAUCCGUCUUGUUAUAGCUUAUGUAAUGUCCACUGCCACCUUUUAAAUUCAAAUUUGAGACCCUAGUUUGAAAUAAGUUUCAAGAAAGUCUCAAGUGAAGAGUCUCAAAUGAAUAAAUAUCACUAGUCACAGGACAAGAGCAGGCAGCUGUUUCCAACACUUGCUGGUGAUUGAGGAGAUGUCCCCUUGAGACCAUCCACUAGACCAUACUUAAAGUCUACAACAGUGGCCUCCCUUUGUCUCAAUUGAUCGGCUGGGGAUGAAGCCUCCUUUCUCAAUGUGACAUAUUAUAUCCUGUACAAGCACAAUUCUAUAUUUUUCUGACAUUUGAUAUAUUUUAUUAUAUCAGUACAUCAUGCUAUUCAUGGAGCAUUUGACUUAUUUGACUCGAGCCUGAUUUACCAGACUACCAUCAGACUCUUGUCUGUGUCCUAGGACAUUGAAAUCUGAUCUUUUACUUCAUUAUGAUAUUCAUCUGUGUGAAGAUCUGACACACCAUCCCAUGAUGCAAACCCAGAGUCAGCUUUGCCCCUCAGUCGAAAUGAAGGAUGCAUGUCAGCUUUCUACAACAAUUCAGUUUCAUUUUUUAAUCUACUAGUUUAAUCUCACCAAGAGAAACCCUGACACGCCACAGAUACUCCUUGGACAGUACUCCCUUUUGGGUGUAGAUUCCAUGGCUUCCUAGAAACAACAGGGUGUACCGGUAUAUUACGUUCACAACAGUCUAACCAUGUUAACAGUGUGGCCUGUUCGUUUCUAUUGAGAAUCAUAUUGAAGUAAUAGAUCUGAUUUUAAUGAAAUGGGAUUCUUGGAAACUAAUAUAUACAAAGUUGAAGAAAUGACUUGUUAUUCAGCUGGUACAGAUUGAUCAAAAACUGUAUAAUUGUAUUACGAUAAUUAUUUUACUGUUUAACAUAUUUUCAGUUGUUGAUUUAUUUUAUUACUGUUGAAAUAAUAUCUAUAUGAAUAAUAUAAUGAAUAAAAAGACUUUCUAAGAAAAGAAUAUUUUUAUUUUGGUAACACUUUCAAAGUUACAAAAUCAUGAAAUCUGUCUCAUUGUAACACAGUAGUGAGUUUGACACCAAAUUUCGGAGGCCAAAGUAUACAAAUGAUGGUACCAGAAUCAAUUUACCAUGUUUAUACAAUGUGCAUUCAGGACAUUCUACCUCUUAUGUGUCUUUUGGAUGCAUUUGGACAGGUCUAACAUGCCAAUACAAUUAUCUCCAUAAGUUAAGCCCUUUUCAUCCAAAGGAGAAUAACUCAAUGGUAGGUGACCAUUUCUUGUGA